AACAGUUCAUUAGUUCAUAAUCAUUUCAGAUUUCUUCUUUUAAAGAUGCUACAGAGUUCAAAGGACUGCUCAUCAACAUGUAGAUAAUAAAACUGCAAUAUGACAGUCAAGAUUGGACAUAAAAGCAGAUUCUUUCAACUAGGCUUUAUUGUAGAUGUAUGGACGUAAAGUAUUCUACCAUCUCUCUCCUAGAUAACACAGAACACAUGUGAUGAAAGAGUUGCUAGAUGCUGUUCAGAAUUUGUGCCAAAAGUGGAAAAGCAUUAGUCUUAGGGAAAAGAUGAAAACCAAAAAUUUUUAUAUUAUGCUAGCCUUUAUGGGAGCAACUUCCAUGUCUCUGUGGUUACUAAGUAAUCCAACACCGAAUUUUAACACAAUUGUUGCACAAACCCAUAAACAGAUCAACAAUUUCAAAAACAUUCCAAGCAACAUCCGCAGUUCAAAUCAGGAGGAUUUUCAUGUAGACCUUAAGUUAUUGGAUAAACUUGGAUUUGAUGUAGAUCCCAUUAACACAGAAAAUGUAAUGAAGUUCAGCAAGGAGAAAAUUAAAAAGAUUAAUGCAACAAUCAACAAGCCUGUCAUAGCUAUACCUGCUCUUCCUAAAUCCUUAGAUAAAGUUAUUGCACUCGUCAAAUCAGCCAGCAAAUUUCUACCAGAUGUUCCUGUUAUAAUAUAUGAUCUAGGGUUAAGCUAUCAGAAACAUUUAAAGUUGACUGUUCAUUGCAACAAAACUUCCUCAUGUACAGUAAAGAUGUUUGAAUUUGAAGAUUAUCCAUCUCAUCUUAGAGACAUUUCAAUACCCAGCUACAGGCCAGUUCUAUUACAGAAAAUUUUAAAUGACAAUGGAACAGUGAUAUGGGUAGAGCCAUCUGAAUACAGUUUUAUUUCUGGAGACAUUAAGCCUCUCCUGAAGAAAGCUCAGAAGACUGGGAUAGUGGCCUGGACAAGUAAGGACCCAGUGUCCACCAUAACUUAUGACAAAAUGUAUAAAUACUUCAAAGCUUCAGCUGAACAAUACUACUUCCUGGAAACUGCCCAGGCUAAUCCCCUGAUUCUACACAACACUGAAACACUACACAGCAAAGUGAUGCUACCGUGGGUAAAGUGUGCCCUCUCUAGUGACUGCCUGAACCCCGUGGGGGCCUCAAACACGGGCUGUACAGACAGGAAGCCUCUAUACCUAUACAGAGGCUGUCAUAAGUAUGAUGUGGCUGCUCUAAAUAUCAUUUUAGGACAGGUGUUUCGGUAUGAUGAAUCGUUUUACAAGACUAAAGAAAAAAUCUUUGGAAUUCCAGAGGAGAAAAAGACAACAGAAUCAGGAAACCCAAAGUAUGAUUGAGUUGGGAUAAGUAUAUUUAUAGUAAAUAAAGCUAGUAUUAACAAAAUAAGUAAUUAUUAUUCAUGAUUUAAAAACACUGAUCUAAGUGGUGCAAUAUAGUGAUUAUGUGAAUGGAUAUACUUGUAUUUAUAUAUGUUUGUUCAACACGUGAAUGUAUAUUAAAGUAAUGUUUGGAAUGCUACAUAUAUCCAUAAUUCUAAAUGUUAAAUAGUCAUAAAUAUUGUAGAUAUUUUAAAAUAUGCUUUUGUUUUUUGGAGUCUUAAACUUCAAAGAAUCAAAUUCAUGAAAUCAAUCCCUUUAAGUUCAAGUGUUGCACAAAAUAUGCAAUUCAUAUUGUUUUUUGGUGAAAGACUGGUAGUACAAAUGUAUUCUUUUGGAAUAUGAUUACUUAUUGUACUUUUUGUCAAUUUUCUGUAGUUUUUUACUGAUACAUUAAAAUGAAAUACAGAUGACAAAAAAAGUUUACUGUUGUUAGAUUCUGUGACAUUUAAUCUGUAUGCAAAAUUUUGAUUGAAUUUUAGUGAGGUGUUACAUUCUGAACAAAAUUAUAUGGUACAUAUAGAUAGGGAGCUAAUUUGUGAUUUUAUGCAUAAUUUAGAGAUGUAUGUGUUUUUUAUUUUUGAUUUAUAAAUAUUUUUAUUUCAAAAUGGUUGCUCUAUAUGAUCUGAUGGAAGCUUUUGAUAACUCUCCCAAGGUUUUAUUCUCUGAAGCCAACUCUACAGUCCUACUACAAAAUUACUGUGGAAUCAUCAUUGUUCUUGGGAAACCAAUAUUUAUGGAUUUUGUGGGUCAACCUUACCAAUGAAUUUACAUCCCCAUGAAUGAUCUCUCUCGGCAAGUUGGUUCAUUGAAUCCUUUGUUUAUAGUUGGCUCCCCAUGAAAUUACAUCCCCAAGAACCAUUUAAAUUUUGGUUGCCAUUGAAUAUUAAAAUGAUUCCACAGUACAUAUUUCUGAAAUCAUUUUACCAUUUAGCCUAGAAUAUUCAAACACACUUUUUGGAAAAUAUUACAUACCGGUACCGGGUAUUUAUAAUGUAUACGGUAAUUUCAUUUUUAUGCCCCUUAAUUUAAUUAGUUUUUAGUCUGUCCCUCUGUUUGUCUUGCCAAUAACUUUUGAUUGGUUGGAGCUAGAGCUUUCAUAUUUCACAUGUGUAUUCUUUGUGACAAAACCUUUCUUUGGGUAUCAACAUAUUUGAUCUCUUGACCUUGGAGUUUGACUCAGAUUUGCAAAACUCUACCAAACUUUAACAUUGGGCAUAACUUUUGGAUGGUUAGUGUUAGGGCUUUUUUAAUUUCUCAAGAAAAACUAGUCCAGUGUUUGGAGAGACCACUGAUUUAAAACCAUGCCUUGAUCACCGAAAGAUUUUUUUUGGUUGAAUACGAAUGCUCCUUCCCCCUUCCCCCCUUAUUUUUUUUUUCAUAUACAUCAUUGUCAUUUUCAUCCCUUGUUGAACCUUAAUUGUCAUUAGAGUUUUUUUAAAUGGUAUGUUCAAUUUCAUAGUUUAUGUGUUUGAAUAUUAAUCAUUUGUAACUUUUUUCCUUUACUAGUCAACUUUUAAAAUUCAAUUUAAUGCUGAGAAAAAAUUGUUCAGUAUAUUAUCAUAUAAAUGCUGUGGUAAAAUUGAAGUAAGCAAGAAAACCUAAAAAAAAAAAUGUAUCCAUUAUUCAUUAUAUUCAGCAUUUCAUAAUACAGGUACUAGGUAUUUAAAACAAUGUAUGAAUGGUUUCCCUACAGGCCAAAAAAAUAAUCAAUAUAGUUUCUCAGACAUCACCACAUCAGAUCAAACACUGUCGCUUUGAUCAAUUUUAUUGACAUUGAAAAGGGAAAUAGCUCAUUUUUUUUUCCGAGUUGAAAAAGAAAAUUGAGUUAUUCCCCUUUUCAUACAUAAUGAUAGACAAAAUUUAUGUUUUGAUUAUUUAAUAUAUUUAUUGCUGAUCAUUAUUUCAUGAAUUUAUUUCAUACAAAUGGUUGGAAUAAUAUUAUUUAAGGUUGAGUAUAUAUUAUAAUUAAUGUAAGAACAAACAAGUAAGAAUCAGUUGAUAUCAUCAUUUUGUUGAUUGACCAAUAAGAAAAGAGAGAACACCUGUAAAAAAAAUAAAUAAUAUAAUAUAGCAUUGAAUUUAGAAAUUUUUGGCCUGAGAAACUAAAGAUUUUAUUUUGGCCUUACUCUGUCUCAUCCCCUAGCAAACUCCUGAAAUCAUUCCCAUUUUAUUGAAGAUAUCUGUGUCUAGGUUUAGUCUAACAGAAUCGGCAUGACUUCUUUUUUGUAUGAAAUUGUUCAUCAUUUGUUUGUAACUUUAUAAUGUUAAUGUGCAAAUAAAAGAGGUACAAUCUAGAAA